AUGUCCACUGACGUUCCACGCAAAUCUGGCUUCGAUGUUCUUCCCAAUGAACUUGUUAUCAGCAUUAUCGAGCGCAUGCCGAACGACAACGCUAAGGAUAUAUGCAAUCUAAGCCUGACUAGCCGUCGCAUGUACACGCUUUCGGUCGAUCAUCUAUACCAAAGUCUCCUAGUACGACGGCCGUGGCCACUCCUGCGUACGUUAUGGUCGAGCCCCGAGCUUGCAAACCGAGUCCGGGACAUUACGUGGAGGCACAACUUCAACGAGCAUGACGAUACCGAGGAAAACCAAGCAGUCCUAUCUAACUGCAUGAAGACGUUGGAGUUGUCUCGCCAGAACGGGUUGAUCUGUGAUGUUACUGGGCUUCAGCGCGACCAUGAGUUCAUCGAAAUACUCCUAAUGUUCACUCCGCAUCUCCGUACACUUGUUGUCGCAGACAGAGCCUCCUGGCCGGAUGGCGAAUACUGGUUCAAAACAAUCGCAAACAAUCCAGCUCGGUUCAUGCAUCUGAGAAGCAUAAACAUACACGGUCCACUAUCGGUGGAAGCCAUAGCAUACCUGUUCCUCCUUCCCUCACUUCGCGACCUCAUCGCUUCAGAUCUGAUUAUUCCCAGGCGCACCGGCGGCAAACAUGUUUGGGACAAAGAGAUUCCGCUUAGAACGGUGUUAGACCCCGGUUCGUCUCAAAUUGAAAAGAUCACGUUGAAACGAUCCGUUGUGGAGGUGCCGACACUAAAAUACUUCACCGAAGCUUGCAGAGAGUUGAAGAGCUUCGCUUACGAACAAGAUAUCAACAACGACCAACGCAGCAUGUAUCCUCAAAGUCUCUUGGCGACGUUUGGCGGGCUUUCAGCAGCUUUUAUUCUCAACCGCACAACACUUGAGCAUCUCUCCAUCCGGGGUGACCAUCAGAUGCUUCACCAGGUGCACGUACUGCAGGUGGCGCGAUUGGCUUCGAGUAUGUCAAACCUACGUUCGCUGGACAUGGGCCUGAUAACACAUGACGACGACCCAAUACAGUGCACCUCCGAUUUUGUGGCAAAAAUGGUACGCCUUCUUCCGGCAACACUUGAAGAAAUGAGCUUUGAGGUUGACUGGCAAGAGCACUGGGGCGCAAAGGGGUGGGAGGGCCCGACAGAGAUGCUACGCUGUCUCGCUGAUAUCGCUCCUUCGAAGCUGUCCUUGAAGAGAGUCUCUGUGGUGGACUGGCCACCUUUCUUGGGUCAUUUUCCGCCAGAUUUCGCGCAGCUGCACCAGUGUUUUGCGGAGCAGAAGAUAGAUUUCAUAUCCAUUCCCGCCAACAUUGAGGGACCGGAUCCGCUGCAGUUGUUGGACUUUGUAGAGCCGGGGUGGGUGUUUGUGCAAGUCGCUGCUGCGGAGUACGCGUAA